AUGGGUGAGAAGAAAGCUGGGUUGACAGCAGAAGGGGACACUUUCCAGCUGGAUGGAAAGGAUUUUAGGAUUUUGAGUGGCGCGAUUCAUUAUUUUAGAAUACCAAAGCAAUCCUGGAAGCAUCGACUUCAAUCUGUUGUUGAUUGUGGAUUGAACACCAUUGAUGUCUAUAUUCCAUGGAAUCGCCACGAGAAAGAGCGUGGGAAUUUCGAUUUCGGAGGCGAGCUCGAUCUUGUUGAGUUCUUUUCAAUCGCGGCGGAAAUGGGAUUGAAAGUUCUUUGUCGUCCAGGCCCUUACAUCUGCUCGGAGUGGGACUGGGGUGGACUGCCCUACUGGCUGCUCAAAGAUGCCGAUAUGCACAUCCGCUCGAACUACUCGGGCUAUCAAGACGCCGUCCGAUCUUACUUCUCAAAAUUGCUUCCUCUCCUUGCUCCUUUACAACAUUCCAAUGGCGGGCCAAUAAUCGCUUUUCAAGUGGAGAACGAAUACGGAGACUACGUGGACAAAGACAUCGAACACUUGCCCUGGCUCUCUGACCUUAUGAAAGAGUUUGGACUCCACGAGCUUUUUUUCAUCUCAGACGGUGGUCAUACGAUUCGAAAAGCAAAUAUGCUAAAGGAAGCGCAGGAAAAAGCUCCCGAAGGCGUCAUUCUCGGCGGCUACAAAAUGCCCGACGAUCUCUUAAAAACCAUCAACUUCAAAUACCUCAAUGUGGAAAAACUCACGAAAUCAACGCCGAUCUGCGACAACUUGCACGCGCUAAAAAGCCUUCAGCCUAACAGGCCAAUGCUCGUCACUGAAUUCUGGGCUGGUUGGUUCGACUACUGGGGACACGACAGAAAUCUGCUCAACAAUGAAGUUUUUGAAAAAACUCUCAAGGAAAUUUUAAAGCGAGGCGCGAGUGUGAAUUUUUACAUGUUUCAUGGAGGCACCAAUUUUGGUUUCAUGAACGGAGCGAUUGAACUGGAGAAGGGUUAUUACACCGCAGAUGUGACCAGCUAUGAUUACGAUUGUCCGGUUGAUGAGAGCGGCAAUAGAACGGAAAAGUGGGAGAUUAUCAGAAAAUGCAUCGGAGAAGCAACAAGUGAAAAAUCCUCCUCGGAAGUGUUCAAAAACGAGUCGGAAGCGUAUGGCGAGUUUGAAGUAGAAAAAACCUCAAAAUUGUCAGAACUCGGCGAAGGAAAAGAAUUCGAAGAGCCAACAAACAUGGAAAAUCUCGACCAAGCUUUUGGAUACACUUCUUACUCAGUUUUCAUCGAACAGCCGUCUCUCGAAAAAACGCAAAAAGAGAGUGAAGAUGAAGUUAAAAACAUAGAAGACGAAACAGUUGAGCCAGUCAUCUUCAAAAAUCUUCUCAGAUCGAUUCGAGGCCGUUAUCGCGUUUUCUUUUCUGCUCCAGGAGGGGAGAAAUCAGAAGUGUUCUGCAACCAAUUACUGUCUGAAAAAUGCUGUAAUCAAGACGAGUUUGAAGCGACAGAGCAUUUUUCAGCAGAAAGAAGAUCGUUUUUAGUCGAGUUCCUUGUCGAGAAUCCAGGAAGAGUUAAUUUUAGUAACCUGAAAGAUCAAAGGAUGGGAAUGCUCUCAGCUCCUGAUCUUGUUGGAGCCGAGUACAUUUCGUCGUGGAAUAUCUGUUCUUAUCCGCUAGAUCAGCAGCAAAUAUCGUCGAUUUCUUGGAAUGACGCUGAUUCUGAAAAUGUCAAAAUGCUGCCUUCAUUUUUCAAGACUACAGUUAAAAUCAACGAAGAGCCAAAAGAUACUUUCAUCUUAAUGACAGGAUGGUCAAAAGGCGUCGUUUUUGUCAACGGAAGAAAUCUUGGUCGAUACUGGGUGACUAAAGGACCUCAAAAGACACUGUAUUUGCCCGCUUCUUGGUUACAAUCCGGCGAAAAUGAGAUUAUUUGGUUGGAAGAAGAAAAACUCGGAAAAUCUUUUCAACUGCUUUCUUCUCCGGACCUAGGAUAA